AUUAUUUCUGUACUACAAAUCAUUAUUCAAUUAUAAAUAGAAAUUAUGUUAUAGAAACCUUAUUUGAAUGAUUAAAUUUUGGUUGAAUCAAUCUCUUAUAACUACUGCUCGUAAAUGGCUACUUUUGAAAGUCAAUUUAUUGCAUUUUCCAAGUUUGGUGAUACAAGAUCCGAUGGUACAACUAUUUCCCUUUCACAGAGUGAUAAAUGGAUGAAACAAGCAAAAGUAAUAGACAAGAAUAUCACUACAACAGACACAGCAAUAGCUUUUAAUAAAUUAAAACAGAAAACCUUAUCAUUAGAGGAUUAUAAUAAAUAUAUCAACGACCUUGCUAAUACAAAAAAUAUUGCUCCUAAACUUCUACGAGAUAAAAUGGCAAGCUGCGGUUUGCCAGGCACACCGAACACCACACAACCAACUAACAGUGAUACUGUGAGUCGUCUAACAGACACCACCAAUUACACUGGAAGUCAUAAAGAAAGGUUUGAUGAGUCUGGUAAAGGAAGAGGAAAAGAAGGACGUACAGAUGCAUCUGCAAAUGAUGGAUAUGUCCAAGGCUACAAGCAUAAAGAUACUUAUGAUGAAAAACAUACAACUAAAUAAUUAUAACUAUAUUAAAGCGUAACAAACCACAUACAAAUUUCUAUCCUUUUCCAUAUAAUGACUUAUUCUUCAAUCAAUACCUUUACUAAAAAUUCUUUAAGGAACACUCAUACUCUCAUCUAAAAGAAAUUCAUUCAUAAUAUACAACAUAUCCGAAUUUACUGAAUAGUUGAAGAAUCCAAUUAUCUCCAAAGUUCAAAUAUGACUUUCUUCCUGGCCUCUGUGCCAUUCUAAUUCUCUCUAUAAACGACAACAAUAUAAACUCGUACUCCAUUCAUGUACGAAGAAUGUACUAUCCUAUCCCACAGGGAAAAGUACGUACUAUCCUUUUUACGUAGUACGCUA